UCAUAUCAGAGUAACAAAAUUAUCCUUUUAGAUGUCUUGCAGAAUCUCUAGUAAAGAUAAUAAGUUCAGUCAUCGUCGGAUGAAUUUCUGACCACAUUUUCUAUAGGGCCCUUUUAUUUCAUUGUUUUCCAAGUUCAGUUAUAGACGGCUGAUUUGCAUCCAUGUGAACGACGAAAGACGAUUGUUUUCUAUCACUGCGUGCUAGGCUAUCCGCUUUUGAAUUUUGCAUCCGUGGUACAUAGAUAAUCUCUGAUCGGGUGAAACUCUCUUUCAGGAUGUUGAUAUCUUCCAAAUAAUUUGCAAAAGCUGGUCAUUCUUCUGGUUCUGAAACCAUCUUCACCAAUUGAGAACAAUUCGUUGCAAACGUAACCUGAAAUUGACGUAAAUUCUUCAUGUAUUCCAUUGCCCAUGAUAACGCUUCCAUCUCCACAUGAAGAGGAGAGAGACUAGCCCUAACAUUCCUCCCCUUCUAUUAUGCGCUUCUGCAUUUAGUAUUAUAUAGACUUCAUAUAUUAUGUCUUUUAUUCACUUCAAAAUACAUUCAAGAUUACUUUGAUUAAUAAAUAUGUAGAUGUUUUUAUAAUAAAUUUGAACUUCAUUUCUUCGAUAAAAUCAAAAUACUGGAUACUUCAUCAAAAUCUCUAUAUAGUUAAUUAGAAUAUACAAUAGUUUUCUUUGACAAUUCAUUUUGUUUUCCUUUGAACUUAUCCAAGUGAUCUUUAUUCUACCAAUGCUUACACAUUAUUAUUCCAAAAUCCAAUACAGGAAUCAAUAAUCUAAAUUACAUCUCUAGACCAUACACGGGACGAUAAUAGAAUCUUCGAAGAACACCGUAAGAUUAAUCGGUACAUGAAAAAGAUGAAUUACAAUUAGAGACAUAAUACUGUAACACAAAUUUGGGGAUGAUUGGUUGGAGCUGUAGAUGCUCUGGACAGCCAAAAUUUAGUCUACAACUAUAUAUCUCAACCAAUCGAGCUUUGCUUUCCUUAAAAAACUCACAGCAAAAAAAUCUCUACAAAAUCAAAAUAUGGCUGUACAGAGCUUUAUUUCCAAAGCAAAAAAUUAGUGCUUUAGAAAUCUACAGCAAGAAAAGCUACAGCAAAUAAAUCUACAGAUUAAAUUCGACAGCAAAAAAUAUAAAGCUACAACACUUACCAAUCAUCCCCAAAAGUAGAGGAUACUAGAAUAAUGCUCUCCUAGAAAUAUACCAAAUAGAUAAUUUUGGAACAAAGAUUACCAUUCACUUUUUCAAAAAAAACGUUUCUUUUUGGCCUCAAAAAUAAAACGUAAGUGCUUAACGAGAAAACGAUGAACACACUUAUAUACUACUCCCUCCAUUCCUAAAAGAUAUAUGUUCUCGAAAAAAAAAUUGUUUCAAAAAAAAAUAUUUUUUACUUUUUCAAUGUAUGAUUUUAUGAAAAAUUGUAAGUUUCAAAAAACAAUAAUGGUGUUUAUUGAAUUUCUAUUGGCUAAAAAUUAUGAAAAAUUGUUAUUCACAAAAAACAAUGCAUAUUUAAUGAGUUUUUUUAAUAUAUGUGAAAAUUCUAGAAUAUGCAUCUUUUGAGAACAGAGGGAGUAAUAGUUUGAGAAAAAAACAAACACAUUGUACCAUGUCUUGUCCAAAUUUCUUUGUGGUCCAACUGACCAUGCAUUGAAAAGUAACACAUGUUUUAUAGGCAUUAGUGGAGAUCGCUGGUAAGGGAUAUUAUGUCUCAAAUCCGAUCGAACGAUGUGAAUCAGUACCAAUGUGCUAUGGUAGUAGAAACAUACAAAAAUCACCAACAUCAUCCACCAUGGUAGCAUUAUCGCAUGACAAGUUUUUGUGAGAUCAUAAUCUGGUUGUUAUACAUGGUCACAUAAGAUGGAAUAGAAUAACUAAACCAAGACACAUGCAUAUACAUACACGCCAACAACAAAACUCAUAGACAUGAAAGUAAAUCGCCGAUGGUAAGUAUGAAAUGUGACAACAAAUAUAUUCUCAUAGCAAAACUAAAACAGUUUGGAAACUUUUUCUUUGUAAUGUCUUUCUUUAUUAUUCAAACCCUCGUAAAACUAAUAGAUAUAUAGGCUAAUAAUUUAAAGUUAAUAUAAACAAUUAAAACAUAUGUUAAUUUUUAAUGUUCAUUUGAAUGGAUGUAGAUAUAUAAAAUAACCUAAGAACUAUAAAACUAAUUUGUUAAACAAAAAAUAAAAAUGUAUGCAUAUGCUAUAAUACAUAUUCAACUAUUACAAACAUAAGUUACAUUUAACCAUUUUAUGAACGUUAUAUAAAAACAUACUAAAAUUAAUUAAAUGAAAGAUAAAAAUGCAUACAUGUGUCGUAAUAUAUUUCUAGAGGAUACAUAAUUUUUUUACUUAGUCCUAUUGAACAGAAAUUUCCUAACUUAUUUUAAAGGUAUCGAAUCUUUUGAUAAUUCAUUUAAUAAAUAAUUAAAAAUAUACUUUAAAUUUUUGAAUUUUUUCAUAGCAUGUAGUAGAUAUAUGAGGCAAAUUUAAAAAUACAAAAAAAAAACUAAUUAGACAUACAAAUUAAAUUACUGCAUGUAUUAAAAUAAAAAUUAAUUAAGUAAAUGAUUAAAAUAUACAGAGUAUAGAGCCAUUUAACCAAUGGUCUAAAGUUACUUCUGUGGAGCCGAUAUUAUACUUAAUAAUAAUAAGGCUGGAAGUCCAUGCUUCAUUGGCCUAUGGCAAGGGCCGGCUCUUGUAUUCAUGUUUUGUUGAAAACAGUGGCGGAGGCAGAGUGUUGGCAGGUGGGUCAAAUGACCCAGGUGGAUUUUAUAAAAGAAAUUUUUUUUACAUGUAUAAUCCUUUAAAACCUAGAUAAAUCUUGCAAAUUUUAGCUAAAUGACCCUUGUGAUAUAUGCUAAUUUCGAAAUUGACCCCCUUAGAAGUUUUUUCUACCUCCGCCACUGGUUGAAAAAGACAUAGUUGUAUCUAUUCGUCAUGGCUUAGAUUUGACAAAUCCAAAAGAUUAUACAAAUUACAACAAAUUUUGUAAAGAAACAGAGAUAAUGAACUUCUAACCAUACCCUAGUGUUCUUGAGCUUACCCGAUAGAGAACAAGUUUUAAAAGCAACUCAAACCUAACAAAAAAAAAAUUACAUAACUCUAAAUAUAUUUGUUAAGAAAUUAUUAUAUAAAUAAAAUAGGGAGAUCUUUUUGUGCCUGGGCUGGCGGCUUUUCUAGCACUAAUGUUGGGAUUUCUCUAGUCAAUAGAAAUGGAGUGGUUGAAGAGAUUGCCAAAAUUGUCACUCGUGAGAAUAGGCUCCAGUCUUAUAUCGCUUAUGGUGGUCCCUCGUGGUUAGCUAACAUCAUUCUUGGGGAGGCGAACGCGACCACCUUCCACAGUCUCUCUUGAAGCUUUGGUUAAGAGAUCUUCAUGAAGAUCCUAUAAUAUAAGCUUCGUGGAUAAUGGUCCUUUACGAAAUUUCUGUUUGUUGCAUUUUCUUUUUCUAUUUCAUAUUAUGUACUCGUGGAAUCUUUCCCGCUACUUUGAUUCAAUGACAAAAAAAAUGUUGGGAUUUCUCUUCAAAUAGUCUUUUCUUAUUUGUUUUUAAUAUUCCCUAGACAUUAUUUGAAAACUGAUUUGUCUUGUGUCAUCAUCAUAUUGAUUUUAAAAGAAAAAUAAUGACAUGUCAUACUAACAAUGACCACAUGGUUUAAGCUAAUUAUGAAUUGGACAUUUACAUUUAAUGUUGAUUUAUAUUUUUAGUACAGUUUUUAGAAUAUGAUAUUAACUCAUACAUCAUCAUUAAUAUAACAAUAAAUAAUAUAAUAUUAUAAAUAGAAAUAUUAUAACAUUUUAUAAUUUUCAAAAUAUUAUUUAAUUCUAUUUUAUAUAAAUUUAUAAUUAUUAAUACUAAAACAUAUCAUAAAAAAAUUUAAUGCAGUUUUUAAUUUAAAUGUUCUCAUCCCAUUAUCAUUAGUUUUUAAAAAGAUUAUUUAGUUUUAUGUUUUGAUAAAUAUAUACCUAACAAAAUUUUCUUUUAAUUUUAUAGAGUUGGAUUUAAUAUAUUUUAACUAAAAGAAAUAGAUAAAAAAAAUUCCAAGAUUAUAAUUUUACACAAAAUUAAAUAUUAUAAGCAAAUUAUAAAAUUUAACAAAAUUUUAUUUUUAAAUAUUAUAUAAAAUUUUAAAGCUAUUAUUUGUGCAGAAAACACCUAGUUAUAACUUUAUUUUGGUUGUUUCUUUCAAAGUUUCCAGGGAUAUUUUUGUUUUCAUCUGUCUUUUUUAAUCAGUGAUUUAUUCGUUUUGCUCCGAUCUUUGUAGUGGUGAUUAUCACAGGUUGUUUGACGGAGUCUAGAUGAAACUCCUUUGAAAGGAUCUCUUGUAGAACAGAUCUAACCAAAGAAAAUAAUAUAUUUUUGUCUUGAAAACUUUUAUUGUGUAGGCAAUGAACCUGAUUGUAGCCCGUUGUGGUACGAGAUAGUACUUCGAUUGUUUGAAAAUUGCGGAAUACGAUCAUUUUGAUAUCAAUAUAUUGGCAAUAUCCAACCAAAUUUUUGGUCUAGACUUCAUCAUUGAUUUCUCUUGUAAUCGUAUAUGUUAGAUCAUAUUUUUUAGGAAAAAUGAUUACUAACUACAUAAAGUAUUGGUCAUCACAUGGCUAACCAUACAAACUAAACUAAUGUAUAUCUAACCACACGAAGUAUAUGUUAUGUAUAAGAACAUUUCUCAAAUUAAUGAUGUUAUGUAGUUGACAUCAUGAAUUUAAUUUUAUUCAUCCAAAAACUGAUGUGGAUGCCAGAGACCGUUUAAAUAUAUCAUUUUAUCAAUGAAAAUAUGACCGACCCAACUGGAAUUAAACUAAAAUUAGAUUUUUACCUGUAUUUUAAAAUCAUAAGAAUUUUAAACAAAAUCUAGUUUACAAAAUCAAUAUGUUUAAAAAGAACUAUAUAAUUGUAUUAUUUUUAUCUAUAUUAAUAUGAAAGUUGUAUAAGAUAUUAUUGAUUUUUUUUUUUGUUUUCUAAAUUAUUUUAAUAUGUUUUGCUAUGAAAUUUUAAUAAUAAAUUUGCAAUUCAUUUGAUUAAUUGUGUGAUAUAUUUACAUCUUUGAUAACUUUUCAAUUAUAAAACUUAUUUGUUGUCAAUUUAUUGACUCUAAUAUUUUAUUUGUUUAAGACUUAUGUGAUGUCAACAUAAACAAAACAGAAUCUUGCAUAUAUAAUCAUAUAUUAUAUACUUUUAAGAAUAAAAAUAAUCAAAGAAUAAGAAUCUCAUAUGAAAGUUUUACUAAGUUUAAAUGAAUGCAAUUUUUGUUUAUGAAUAUAUAAAUAAAAUAAUUCAUUAACUUAGUUAAUUUCAUAUUAAACAAAUAAAAUGAUAGAGUAACUAAAUUGACAUCAAAUAAGGUUUAUAAUAAUUUUUUAAUAAGUAUAUAUAAUACAAUUAGUCAAGCGAAUUACAAAAUUUUUAUUAAAAGUUCAUAACAAAGCAUAUUUAAAUAAUUUUAAAAAAUAAGUAAAUAAUAUCUUAAAUAACUUUAAUAUUUAAUAUAAUAUAUUAUUUUUGAAAACCCUAAAAUAAAAAUGUUAAAACACUACUUAUCAAAAUUUUAUAAAACAAAUUGAUUUUGUAAAUUAGUUUAUGCUAAAACACUACUUAUCAAGAUUUUAUAAAACAUAUUGAUUUUGUAAAUUAGUUUUUGUUUAAAAAUAUUCUUACGAUUUUAAAACACGGAAAAAAAAUCAAAUUUAGAUAAAUUACCAUCAGGUACAUCAUAUUUUAAUUGAUGAAACGAGAUAUUUAAAUGGUCUCUAACAUACACAUCAUUUUUGGAUGAAUAAAUUUCAACUCGUGAUGUUAAUUACUUAACAUCAUAAAGUUAAGGGAUGUUGUCAUGCAUAACAUAUACUUCGUGUAGGUAAGUAUAGAUUAGUUUAGUUUGCAUGGUUAGCCAUAUGAUGAUCAAUAUUUCAUGUAGUCAGUAAUAAUUUUCCUAUUUUUUAACGGGUUAGAUUUUUUCUCAAGAGCUUGUUUUCACUUUAUUGAUGUGUUGUAGGGAUGGGAUGGAACCGGAUAUCCGGAUAUUUAAGGUAUCCAGAUUCGGAUCCGGACUUGUCAGAUCCGUGGAUUUAAUAUCUGAGUCCAUAUUUGUGGUUUCCGGAUAUCCAGAUUUCAUAUAUCCGUCUAGAUAUUGUACUACCCGCGGAUAUCUUGACCUGGAAUUUGACUCAUAAAAAAUAAUUAAAAAUAUUUUUAAAAAAAUACUAAAAUUCUAAAAAUAAUGUAUAAAUUAAAUAUUUAUACAAGAUUUAUAAAUAUAUUCAUAUGUAUAUAAAAUUAAAAUUAAAAUAUAACAUUAUAAAACUAAUUUUAUGUAUAAGUAUUAAUAAAUCUUAAUAAAAUUAAACCUUCUAAAAAUACAGAUCUGGAUCUGGGUAUUUAGACCUAAAAAUCAAGAUAUCGGGAUCUGGAUUCGGUUUUGACGGAUCUGAGAUUUUCUAUCUGGAUCAGGAUUUGGGCAUUCCGGAUAUCCUAUUUUCGGAACGGAUCUUGGAUCGAAUCCGGAUCCCGGAUAAUAAUUCCAGGGCUCAUGCGAUGUAUCAUAUCAAUUUUUAUGUUAUUAUCUUUGAUUGAGAAUAUUGAAUAAACGAAUUUUAGACUAAAAAGUAUAUAUAGCGGACAAUGCUUUUCAAGGAGGUUAAGUUGAGCAGUAUUUAUAUUAUAGAAAUGUAAUUUAGUUAAGACCACCUAUUCAAAAUUUUGACAUGCCGACAUUACGUACGUCGUAAAUGACCAACCAGCAAACUGUAUAUUACGCUUAAAUGAAUAUUGAUUUUCAUUUUCUUAUAGUAGUGUACAGCUUACUUGCUAUGAUAAACAAAAACAAAGACCUCAAACGCAAACUACAAAAUAACUUUCUUUGGUUCCCUAUGCAAUAUGAAAAGUGAAGAGUUCUUAAUUAGCACAGAAUUUUCCAAGCUUAACUUUUUGACUUUUAUCUCUCUAAUCAUCUGCUAAUCAUCCCUUCACAUCACUAUAAAAAGCACCACGUACCAAAGUUCGUGAUAUCAUAUUUUGUUAGUUUCAAAUUAUAAUUUCUUUUAAAAAAAUGCCGAUCCUAACUCCGGCCAUCAGACUCGUGGUUUUCAGGCAAAGUCUUCGACCACAUUCCGCUGUUGCAUUCCUCGUUGAGUUCCUCUGCUUUGUCUUAGAGCUACUUGACAAGGAGAAAGAUCUAGCAAAGAUAUUCGGCAUCGUUUCUGCUUGUGACACAUUAAUCUUCACUAUGCUCGAUAUAAUCCAAAAUCUGAUCGAAGGAGGAGUGAAAAUACGAAGAUGCGGUCAAGUGUUUUGGCUUUACAAAAACGAUGGGAGUCUCUAUUGGCACACACUAAACGCGUAUUUACUGAUGUUGUCCAUUGUCCACGUCAUUGGCUCCGCAAUUUCAUAUAGGUCUCGUAGACGUUAUCUAGUCUUGCUCCCGCUUUUUGUUGCUGGCCUAGAGCUUCUUCCUCAAGAGGCAUAUCAGAUUCUUGGAAAUGAUCAGAGUCAAAACCUUCAAGAUUACGUUGAGCCAGAUCAAGUUCCACGAGAUUGUAUUGGGCCUCUUCAGAAUCCAUUAGAUGGUAUUGAGCUGGAGGAAGGCGAUAGAGUGCCGGAUCAAGAAGUUGCUGACCAUGUUGCGCCUGAUGGUGUCUCAUAAAAUAUUAAGGCCUAAGCUGAAAAGACACCGUAUUGUAUAUAUGUAUAUAUAUGGGUGUAUGGUGGUGUUCAAAAGAAAAAAGGGUGUAUGGAUGUUUGGUACUUUGUCUUAAAAAUGCUAUGUACUUGUCGUUGUAUACGAUUCUAAUUAUAAAGACAAUAGGCAUGUCGGAUGCGGUAAUGUAAAAGAAUAUUUACAACAACUUCUUAUGAAUUAAAAAAUGAAAGUACGUACUUAAAAUGUUUUUAUUGUGAAUGUUUUAUUCAAGCAAUUAUGUUUGAGUUAGUGACAUUUGAAUAAUUUCUUGUAUGUUUGAUGUUGAGCUGGUAAUUUUUGUAUAUAUUUGUUUAUGUAUCUAUUUAGUCAAAUUUUGUAUAUAUUUACAACAAUGCAUAUAUUUGUUUAUGUAUUUAGUCAAGUUUUUUUCUUUUUUUUUUCCAUUUUUUUCUCGUUUCUUCACUUUUUACUCUCUACAAAGAACUGUUCCUUGAUAGAAACUAGCCAAGCAUGUGUUUGAAAUUUUUUUUCUAUAAUAAUUUUAGGGGCUAAUGAUGAAGAUUUAUAUUCAAAAGUUCUGGUGGUACUAGGCUGGUUAGGAUCAUCAAGGAAGGAUGCGCAAGAUGUAAACAUAACAGGCCCAUCAAGCAUGAAGAAUGAAGAGGUGAUGGGCCCUCGACAACAAGUGAAGCCCACAGCUCUACAUUCAAAGACUCCAACGGCUAAGUCAGCAAAAUGUAAAGACAACGCUUCCUCAGCUACAGACAAACAGAGUACGAACUCUGUCAUUAAGGUUCAGAACAGAUAUGGUCUCCUCUCUGAUAAUGAGUCUUGAGAAGAGCUUUACAGCCAAGCAGAAUAUGCUACAGGAUAUUCCUUUAGGUCUAGACAAGUUCUCUUAGUAUAAAUAAGCUAUCUUGUAAAACCCUAAGACUUGAGUGAAAUAAGAAUGAAGAGUUUAAACCAUUGAAAUUGUCUCUCUGUUCUUCUCUGUUUCUCUGUAAUUACUUACACAAGAUUUGACUCUCAUUGGAUUUUUUUUUUCAUCUGGUUUUAUUAAUACGAUCAACAAAGGAUACAAGAGUAAGAUUCUACAAACGGAGGACCACAAGACUGUCCCCGAUAACCAAAGCCGGAAGAAACACGAGAUAUUCCCGGAGACUGAGCCCAAACCAGGGAAACAAACAUUCAAACAACACUUAACAUUAAACACAUAAUAGGAAACUGAAAUCAUAACAGACUGGCACAAAACCACGACGAGCAAACCUCUAAACAUCUGGAAAUCCAAUGAAAGAUAUCUACUGGGGGAUUGGGGAAUGCCCUCAGCUCAAUUUUUAUUACAUUCUUUUUGUAAAUAAAUUUUUUGUGGACCAAAUUACUUAUUUCUGCUUGGCAUAUAUAUAUAUAUUAAAUCCGACACUGUCUCUAUAUAUGUUAAUCUUACUUGAUGAAAUACAAAUUUGAUACCAUUUUUAAAAUUUAUCUCUAAAGAAUAUCUAUUUUCAUAAAUAUUUUAAGUUUAAAUGAAAAAAUUAAACUAAUCUUUAAAAUAAUAUAUAAAUUCUUAAUAAUAACUUAUAAAAUAUUUGUAGAAGUUUAUAAACUCAAUCCCACCCCUUGAAUACUAAAUCCUAAACAAUAAUCACUACAUCCUAAAUCCAAAUAUUAGAGUAUUUUUCAUUGAAUAUAUUUUGUAAAAUGGUAACUAACUUAUGAUAUUUAAAGUAAUUUUCAUCUUACAUUUACUUCGUUGAGUUGGAUGCUUCUUUCCAUUGUGUGAUUUUUUUCCGGGUAAUCUCGACCAUGAUUCUUUAUGAUUCGUAGUCUCGAGUAAUGACCGUUAGUUCUUUUUUUUUCAAUUGUAUUAUUAAGCCUUUUAGGCAAAUAAAUUAAACAAUGAGAAUUAGCCAAACAAAUAUAGAAAAAUGAUAAUAUUAGUAGGGAUCCAAAGUAAACUAACACAUAUUUAUCUUGCGAGUGGAUGACCAAAGAUUUUAUAUAUAAAAGCUUCAAAUUUGCUUUUGGAAUAGUUGAAUCGCAAAUGAGAUAAUCUUCGUAUUAAUCCAAAGACGCCAUGAUUUAAACUGAAUUGCGAACGAUUGUCACUCUCUUUUUAAUACUCCAGUAGGAGUCACCGAGACCAGACAAAUCUUUAUAUUACUCUUUUGAAAAUAAUAGAGUCAAAAAGAUUACCAUUUUCAGAGUAACCAUAGUUUGCAGCAAAAAAUCCAUCACCAUCAAAUGAAGAACCAUCAACGAGAAGCCGGUAAGACCCGUCGCCACCAUCUGCAUUAGAUAUGUCAAUUACCUUUUCUAAACGGUUCAAUUGAACCGAAGUUUUUGGCUUACUAAAUCUAUUGGAAGAAACAUACAAAAGAACAAUAAAAUUUCCGCAUUUAAAAUAAAUUGACAAUCAAACAAAUCAAAUGAUAGAAAGUAAAGCAAAAAAAAAAGAAGCAAAACGAACCAAACAAGCCGAUGUCAGAGCUAUAGAAGCCUCCGGUCAUCGGCUUGAAACUAAGAAAAAUCUCUCUCUUUUUCUCUUGAUGGCUAGAGUUUUCGAUGGGAGAUAAUAUUUUUCGAUUGACCGUUAGUUCAGUAUGCAUAAACUUUCUUUCUACAAAGAAAUGGGAAUUAUUAAAUAAGGAAAGACAAAAUUGAUUAGAUAUAGAUAAUGUGGUUCUAACAAUGUGCAGGGUCGGUCAUGGGUCAUGUAAAUGAAACAUUUGUUACAUGCCUCCAAAUGUUUUGAUGAAAAUUAUAUUCCCCUGAGAAAAUUUUUUACUCUCAAAUUUAUAUUAAAAAAUUAGUUGAAAACUUUAAUAGAUCGCCUACAGGGAUGGCCCCUGUUGACAAUGUGUGUUAAGAUACUAUGUUUUACUUGGCUUGCUAUAAGAAACAUGUUAUCCUCCGUAGAUUGUAAGUAAGUGAUAUCACUCAAAUUAUCCUAAGGAGUGAUUUGUACUCUCUCAAAUAAGAAGUCGAGUUGUAGCACAUAAGGAUCAAAUUCACAAGGAGCUAAGACACACAAAAGAUCUAGUAGUUAUGUGGUUAGCUAGGAAAACAUGUUUAAAUGUAAAUAGCAUUGGUGUGAGCAAGGUAAUUGCUCGGUUGAUUGAUUGGGGUUUUGAAACAGAUAUGAAAGGCGUUAGACUUAGAGUUUCUAUUCAGACAAUCAGGGUUAUAGAGAUAUAGAGACUAAGUGUAUGUUGGAUAUUCUAGAAUUCAAACUAAAAGAAUAGUCGAUCAACUUCCGUAUAUUUAGACUAUCUAUUGCCAGAUCUAUAUUCAGAUGUCGCUUGUUGGUCUUGAAAAAGUGUCGAUCGAUACCAAUUAUGAAUUUUUGAUCGAUACACCUUUCAGCCCGUCGAUCGGUGCAACUACUGAGUUGUUGAUCAACAUUCCUUCCAGUAAGCUUUACCGCACGGGUUUGACUUGUUCACUUGGUUAAACUAAAUCAGCUGUCGCUUUUUUCUAGCAAUCCUAGCACAAUGUAAACUAGAUCAGACAAAUGACCAUGCUUCCGCUUGCGCCCUAAUAUCUAUGGACAAGGUCCUAGUCAGCUACUUUAGAACACAUCCAUUAAAGAACAGUUCAAUUGAUUGAUAUCCAAACACUUAGCAACUACAUAUUUUGAGGUAAUCCCUCAUGAAUAUCUGAACCCUAAAUCUAACAAAGAGAACUACUCAUACAUAGUUAAACAAUUCAUAACAAGACAAUAGUAAAACUGCAUAGAAUAGAUAAGAGUAGAAAAACUUGGAGUUCCAUUCACAAAUCUCUGAAGGAGUCUUGGAUCUUCUCUCCAAACCUAAAACUCUAAGUAUUUUGCUGUGUAAGAAAGUAUGAAAGCGUGUGUUUCCUAGAACAAUGACAGAGCACAUAAAUAUUAAGUUAAAACUCGUCAGGGGAAAUUUGGUAAUUCUUUUGGGACUUGGGCUUAAAAGUUCGCUGGAACCAAGUCUGGUCUUUGCGCACUUCGCCGUCGAUCGAAAACACAUGGUAUGUGUCGAUCGAUUAUAAUCUUCAAUCAUCGACAGCCAGACUGUUCGAUGGUCAGUUACGGGCCCUGUUCGGAACUACGCUAGGCGUAAGUGAGACGGCUGGUCUAAGCCUAGCGAGUUAACAUAAAUUCGGAGAGUAAUCAGAGAUUAAUCGGGGCCUAGUUUUAAGUGAUUUUUUAAUAUUUCUAAAACUGUAUAUAUAUUAAUCAAUUUUCGUAAUGAAACACAUAUUGUCUUGUACUCUGGUGGAAGGUUAGCUGCUUUUUAAGCAUUAUGUCACGUCUUCGAUAUGAGGCCCUAGAAGCGUGUUUUCUUUAAUCUCUUCUUUAAAUAAUGGCAAAACUAUAAUUAAACCUUCUUCUUCCUUUCUUGUCGCUUGGAGUUUCUGCAACUCUUACCAUAGCCACUAAUUUAGUCUAUCACCAUUCACUCAAAUCUUUCGUUUUUCUUAUUGUUUUUUCAUCAAACUCGUAGAUCUCGCAUGUACAACUCGAUUUAAGCAUUUAAAACCUGAAAAGACGAACUUUUUUGGUGAACCCAAUUUUUUAACAAAUUUUCAUGAAAUGUUGCGGCUGAUCUCCGCCGAACGUUUCGAUGCUGCGUAAUCGGUCUCCGCGCCCGCGUUUUCGUACAGGAGUUACAGGUCCUUUUCACUUUAUCUCCAAAAUGCACCAAAAUCAUUUUUUUCCUCCAAAUCACUCCAAAACCUGAAAACGUAUUAAAAAGACUCUAAAACAGCUAUAAUGUAUUUAAAAACACCUAUAUACCAAGUGGGUAAAAUCUAUGGUAUAUCAACUCCCUCAAACUUAUUCUUUUGCUUGUCCUCAAGCAAAACAAUGAGCAGUCUCUCUGAAAGAGAUUUGAAAACAGCAGGGACUCACACAAUUUAAGAACUCACUAUCAUCACCUCAGCAAUAUUCCACAUCAAAUCAAUCUCAACUUCAAAAGUACUUUAUAUGCAAUAUCCUAGUUUAGCAACCAAUUUCAUUCAUCCAACAACUUAACUAAUCAUGUAUGACUAAACCUCUCCUGACCUUAUUUCUUACAUAAAACAAAAUUGUAUGCUUUGCCUUGGGAAUAUCGAUCACUAAACCCAUGGAAUCCACUUAAGCAAGUAUCUGGACCUAGAGGUAACCCUUUUCUGGUUUUCCUUAUCUCUUCUCUUUUCUCUGAAUCCAAUUUAUAGUAUAUAUAUAUAUAUAUAUAUUUAUAUAUAUAUAGUAUAUAUAAAUAUAUAUAUAUAUAUAUAUAUAUAUAUAUAUAUAUAUAUAUAUAUAUAUAUAUAUUUAUUAUUUAUUUAUUUUUAUUACUAGGCAAAGUUGUAGGCGAAAUAGUAAGGUCAUCGAUAAUGUAUUUACCCCUCGCUUCCAAACAAUGUGUGAUCAUUCUAUUAGAGUAAAAUAAUGGGGUCGCUGUAGACACUCCUACCCUUCUAAACGGCAAGAAAUCAACUCAAUCUUCUGUAAAUAUAUAUAUGGAUGCCAAAGAAAGGUUGAAGGAAAACCAGGGACACUAAGUCUAAUACCUUCCAGACUUGAAGGAGGAUUCCGAUCCAAUAUAUACCAUGCCCCAAGACAAGCAAGUUGAGCUCAAUUAGGUUGGAGGUUGGAUUUGGUUCCUUCAAACAGUCUCAGCAAGUGUGAAUAAUUGGCAGGAUGAUCCACUUUAGCAUCUAUAAUACAAUCUGCAGUUAAUAAAUCUAAGAAUGAUGCUAAAGAGUGGUUAGAUAAGUGAGGGAAAUUGAAAAAAGUUCAUUGUCCCCUUCUUGACUCAAUAAAACUUUUUGAAAACAUUUAUAAAACUCAUAGGUAAAUUAAUAUCAGUAAACUUUCCCCUAGACUUAAAUUACACUAUCCCUAGUGUAUAUCUAGUCGGAGUUUGGUGAGAACAUAAAUCAUAAGUACAUAAUGUAACAAGGAAAACUAUAUACCUGAUCGCGGAUGUCGAUGUCGAUUGACACAUUGAAGUGUCUAUCAAUCGUUUCUGGUGUCGUGAUGUCGAACGACGUCGACUUGGUCUCAUCGGUCGAUGACUGAGUAAUCGUCUCCUCGGGUCUCUUUUUGGUUUUUCUGUUUUUUAUACCUGCAAUAAAUUGAAUGAAAAAAUAAAUAAUUUAAAAAGUGAAAACUGAAAAAAAAUUACCUAAUAGUGGGUUGCUUCCCACUCAGCGCUUUGUAAUAGUCAUUUAGCUUGACUUUGGAAGCUGUUUUUGGCUAGUAAGGAGGUGGAUGACUACUUGUUGGGAAACAAGUGUCUACAUCUUCGUUGCUCAUCUGGAACCAUGUACCAAUGAAGCUUCUUAUGGUCUUAUUUCCUCUGGUCCACUGAUUUUUCAGUAUCUCCUUAUCAACCUCAAUGACAUGCAUCCUAUUCUGAAGAUUACCAAUGCUGCACUGGUGAAUUCCAAGUCUGGCAUGUGUUGAUUCUGUGAUGUCCUUCAACUCUUAAUAGAUAUCUUCUUUCAACAAGUCUUGAGAGAAAGUGAUAUCAUCAAGCUUAUCAUGUAAGAAUUUCUCGGUUACCAGCUUGCCUCAUAAUGUUGUAUAAUCGCUGUCGAUCGAUGGUGACUGCUCUGCUUGAAAAUAUAGAAGUCUCUGAAUCGUGUAUUUCUCCUGCUGCAGUGCGUUCAUGUGUGUAGUCAAUGAAUCUAUGUCGUCACGGAGCGGGUAGUAGAUACCAUUAAGCCUAUAGGUGAAUGAUUGUAGCCUAUCUUCAAAUGAUGCAAGUUGAGCGUCGAUCGAUGUACGGAUGUGGGCGUCGAUCUAUUGUUAAAUGUGAGCGGCAAUCGAUUUCUAUGCUCCUCCACCGACUGCAUGUUGUUCUUGAAUCAUGGCUAUGUCUUGCUUCAUAUCAUCUGUGCGUGUGGUUAACCAGCUUAUAUUGUUGUUGAAUGGGUAGUAGAUGUCAUCGAGCCUCUUGGAAUGAUAAUCAUAUGUCGUCCUCAUAGCUCUAUAGAUAUCUGCUACCAACUCAUCAAUCUCUGCUUUGAUGUAAGUGGCUUGUUCUGCACGGUUGAUGUUACACUAUACUCGUUUUUCAUCUCCCAAUGAGGUUUCAUUUUCAUGUUCUGAUGAAGCGAUCUUCGUCUCAAUUCGGACUGACCGUCGAUCCAUGGUGCAUCUGCUUCGCCGAUCAAUGGUGGAUCCUCUGCUAUGUUCUGCGUGUCUAAGAAUUUUCUAGACCCAUUCAUGGCAAUGAUUUCAGCAAUUUCCUCCCUGGAUAUGUUGAGAAUGUGUCCAUCCAUGGAUCGUGCUUGGCCUUCUGGAUCCCUGAAAAUACCAAAUUCAUCUCCCAAUGAGGUUUCAUUUUCCUGUUCUAGAGAAGCGCUCUUCGUCUCAAUUCGGACUGACCGUCGAUUGAUGGUGCAUCUGCUUCGUCGAUCGAUGAUGGAUCCUCUGCUCUGUUAUGAGUGUCUAUUAAGUUUCUGGACCCAUUCAUGGAAAUGAUUUCAGCAAUUUCCUCCCUGGAUAUGUUGAGAAUGUGUCCAUCCAGGGCUCGUGCUUGGCCUUCUGGAUCCCUGAAAAUACCAUAUUCAUAUGGAGUUAGAUAAGCAUAAUUUGUAUUAUCUUUUACUUGUACCUCGGAAUUUGGUGUGUGAUGAGCGUCAAUCGAUGGCUUGGUGUUGAUGUCGAUUUAAUUUUGCCUUCUUAUCUGCAUGUGAUGUAUGGAGAACUCCUUCUUCUUCCAUGGCAACACCAUGAUACUCGAUAUUCUUCUCUCUGGGGUAAUCCUCGUCAUACUCCUCAGAUCGCAUCUCAUGUAGUGCAAUGUCAACUGCAAAGCUCUCAUGAUGGCUAUCAUUUUCUCAACUGCCAAUAUAAUAGUCGUCAUGUCUGCUGAUCGUGUCACCGUAAUGGUAAUCAAUCGAUAUCUGAGGCUGGGUGUUAACUACAAAACUCGGAUAGCAGUGUUUUGGCAAAGCGAAAGUUUCAUUCGCAUGACUACUGUCGAUCGAUUUCCUAGGUGGUUAUCGAUCGUUGGCUGAAUGGCAUUGUCGAUCGAUGGUUGAGUAUGGCUGUCGAUUGAUGCUUCACACUUUGUCUAGUAUUCAGCUUCAAAUUCACAGUAGCAUGCUGCUAUGAAUCUUGUAUCAACUCCAGUGUUGGACGUAUGUGGCUUGUCAAUUCUGACUGGAUCAUAGUAGACAUCAUGGUUUAUCAGUGUUAGACACAACUGAUUAGUCUGCAUGUUGCAAACUGCCCAUACCGUAGCCAUGAAGGCUCUCCAAGGGAGUAGAGAAUGAUUCAUGUUCAGUUUGUUGUCUAGGACAUGGAAGUCAACUGGAACUAGUGCAUUACCAAUCUCCACCUCAAGGUUUCUGGUGAUUCCUCCUGAGUUCCUCGUAGAAUAGUCCAAAAAAGUGAAUGAAUCCUCCGAAGGCUCUAUCUUCAGACCCAGAUGGUCUGCCAUUAUCUUGGUUAGUAUGCUGAUUGAUGAACCUGUGUCACACAGCGCACACAUGAAUUCAAUGCCCUUCAACAAACAUGGCACUGCAAAUUUCCCAGGAUCACUCAUCUUCUUUAGUGUAAUCCUCUGCUUCAUCUUCUCUCUGACCUGAUUGAACAUCCUAUGUAUGUCAUGUUCAGUUUCCUUGGUCUCUCUGAAGAACAUCCACAACAUGUGGGUAAAGUAAGCUUCCUCAAACGGCUUGUCCAAGGGUAUCCUAAGAACUCUUUUAGUGAAGCUAUCCAUCUCCUUCUCAUUAACUCCUCUCUUAAGAUGCUUAUGAACCUUUUUCCUUCUUUCUCCUCAAGGUUCUCUUCUCAGAAGUCUGAUCAACUUGCAUUGACUCUGGUGCAUCAUCAGAUUGUUGACUGAAGUUGUCUACAAUAGUUUAUGAAGGUUGAGAUGGAUUCCUGAGUGCAUUCAAACAUGAUACAUCUAUCUUUAGUAGAUGCACUCGGUACGUGAGAGGUGGUUGUCGAUCGACGCUGGAGUAAGCCCUCCGAUUGUCGGUUGAGUCUUUUUGUCGAUCGGUAGAUGGUUCAUGGCCCCAAUCGAUAUCCAACUUCUUAAUGCGUAAGGGUUUGGGUGGAUGAGGGUGUUUAGCUGCAAACUCUUCGUGAGUUAGGAUCCUUACUGCUGCGCAUGACGCAAAUUCCUCUGUCGAUCGAUGCUGAGUAGCUGAUGUCGAUCGAUAUUCGUCUGUCUCCAUCGGUCGAUGUUCAUUUCUUGGUGUCGGUCCACACCAGGAUCAACUACCAAAACUAAUGGAGCUCUCGACUCUAAAGUCCCCUUCCUGAAGCUUCUCAUCUUUUACGACUUGCCAGAAAUCAUCAUCUAUGAUGGCAUCACGUUGUGCUUCAGUGAUUCCUCUCCUUUACCCUUGAUGAAGGCCUCCUGCCUCUUAACAGUUUCUCCUGUCUGAACCACUUGUGUCUCCAACUUCCUCACAUCUGUGUUCAAAGACUCAAACUUUGAGUUGAGCUCUGUGUAGACAUCAUCUAUCUUUCCAUUGAAAUAAUCAUCAACUUCUGCUGACCCUCAAGAACUUGAUCAAGCAAGGACUCUAUCUUGCUCUCCCGAGUCUGUGGUGGCGGAUUCUGGUAGAAAGAAUUCCCAUAAACUCUGUUGCUGAUGUUGCUGAUGUUGUAGUUGUUGCUGAUGUUGUAGUUGUUACUGAAGGGUUUCUGGUACUGCAGGCUCUGGUUGUAUCCACUCUUCUGUCCAUUGCCAUAAGAGUUUAUGUAUCCACUCUGAUUUUCAUACCUCAGAUUCUGAAAGCAUGUACCACUAACAAAGUUCACAUCCUCCUCUUCAUCUUUGUCAAUGUCGACAUCUAUAGCUUCUACAUCCUCUGCAAAGCUGACCGGCUUCUUGAGAAGCUUGGGAACACUAUCCAGCUUAGCCUUAACAUCGUCCAUCUGCUCCUUCCCUAGGGUAGUGGCCGAUUUUCUCCUCUCAAAAUCAUUGUUCUUGGUGCUAUUGCUGGAUGCCAAGUUCUCAAUAAGUCUCAGAUCCUCUUUUGGAUUCCUAGUGUUGAAGUUUCCAUCACUAGCUGAGUCUAGAGCCAUCUGAUAUGACAGCUCGAUGCCUCUGAAGAAAGUGCUGAGCAGCUGAACUUUAUUGAAUCCAUGGUGUGGACAGUCUCUCUGAUAUAACUUGAAUCUGAUCCAGGAGCUUCUGAAUGACUCUGUAGGCUCAUGUGUGAAUAUAGCAAUCCAUGGUGCAGGAUCUGAAAAGAGCAAUGUUUGUUCCUUGUUGCUUCUGGUACUGCAAGGCAUGCACCUGAAAGACAAGAAAUUUUUUUUUUGCAUGUAACAAAAAACCUAGACUAAACCUAACAAAAUAAGAUCUAAUGGCGAUCGAAGCUCCCUGGCAACGACGCCAAAUUUGAUAUCACUCAAAUUACCCUAAGGAGUGAUUUGUACUCUCUCAAAUAGGAGGUCAAGUUGUAGCACUUAAGGAUCAAAUUAACAUGGAGCUAAGACACACAAAAAGAUCUAGUAGUUAUGUGGUUAAGCUAGGCAAACAUGUUUAAAUGUAAAUAGCAGUGGUGUGAAAAAAAGUAAUUACUCGGUUAAUUGAUUGGGGUUUUGAAAUAGAUAUGAAAGGCGUUAGACUUAGGGUUUUAUUCAGACAAGCGAGAUUAUAGAUAUAUAGAGACUAAGUGUAUGUUGGAUAAUAUCCAACAUACACUUAGUCUAAACCGAAGUUUGCGAUCUAGAAUAUCCAAUGGAUAUUCUAGAACUUAAACUUAAAGAAUAGUCAAUCAACUUCCGUAUUUUUAGAAUAUCUAUUGCCAGAUCUAAGACCUCAGAUGUCGCUUGUUGGUCUUGAGAAAAUGUCGAUCGAUACACUUUUCAGCCCGUCGAUCGAUGCAACUACUGAGUUGUCGAUCGAUGUUCCUUACGGAAAGCAUUACCGCAUGGGUUUGACUUGUUCACUAGGUUAACUAAAUCAGUUGUCGCUUGUUUCUAGCAAUCCUAGCACAGUGUAAACCAGAUCAGACAAAAGACCAUUCUUCCGCUUGCGCCCUAAUAUCUAUAGACAAGGAUUAAGCUACUCUAGAACACAUGCAUUAAAGAACAGUUCAAUUGAUUGAUAUCCCAACACUUAGGAAUUCUAUAUUUUUGGCUAAUCGCUCAUGAAUAUCUGAACCCUAAAUCUAACAAAGAGAACUACUGAGACAUAGCUAAGCAAUUAAUAACAAGACAAUAGUAAAACUGCAUAGAAUAUAUAAAGUAGAAAAAAAAACUUGGAGUUUCAAUCACAAAUCUCUGAAGGAGUUUUGGAUCUUCUCUCCAAACCUAAAACUCUAAGUAUUUUGCUGUGUAAGAAAGUUUGAAAGCGUGUGUUGCCUAGAACAAUGGUAGAGCACAUAAAUAUUAAGUUAAAAUUCGUCAGGGACAAUUUGGUAAUUCUUGUGGGACUUGGGCUUAAAAGUUAACUGGAAGCAAGUCUAAUCUUUGUGCGCUUCGCCGUCGAUCAAAAACACAAAGUGUGUCAAUCGAGUAUAAUCUUCAAUCAUCGACCACCGGACUGUUCAAUGGUCAGUUACGGGUAUUUUUUACUUUAUAUCCAAAAUGCACCAAAAUCAUUAUUUUCCUCUAAAGCAUUCCAAAAUCUGAAAUCAUACUAAAUUUUUUCCAAAAAACUAUAAUGUAUUUAAAAACACUUAUAUACCAUGGCUAAAAGUGGGUAAAAUACAUGCUACAUAAGUGAGCUUGAGGACGGAUAAACAUGUGUGUUUUGUAGUGAGCUUGAUGAGAAUCUUUUGCUUCUAUUUCUAUAUUUAAGGAUUGGCGGCGGUCUUUUUGCAUCCAUGGUAACUGUUGGACCCAAUUAUGGCCAAUACCAUAAUGGACCACGAUCAAAGGCAUGGGCCUUAAAGGGCCGUAGCCCGUAGCAAGGAUACGAGCUCGAGAAGGAGUCGUCGAGGUCGCGGAGAUCGUGCAACAAGAAGCUGAGAUCGUGGAGCUACCACAGGGGUCUCGAAGUCAGCUUACUAUAAAGGAAGAGUAAUGGAAACAUAAGAGGACAUGUUGAAAACCCUAGAGAGAGCUAUACACUUACACCGAUCUUGUUGUCUUCCCACUUUUAGAUUCUUUCUUUACCGAUCUCGUUUGUAUCAGUCGAUCUAGUUCAAUCCAUUGUAUUUGAUCUUAUUCAUCAAUAAAGUCCAUUUUCACCUAUUGGAAACUAUUUAACAUCAUUGUGUUCUAAAGAUAUUGUUGCCUACAUCAUUUGUCUUAUUUAGAUCAAACCCCAAUCACUAUCAAAUACUUUGUGUAGAUUUUAGGUUCUACAGUAACCACCAGAUUGAAGUAGAGGGAGAGUGUGAAACCUAAUAAUCAGUGUAACUAAAUCAUAUACUAGAUUAAAUGUAAACUGAAUGUUAGUCGCUUUCAUUCUAUAUAAUGAGAGUAGCUGUAUGUGUUCUCAAUAUCAUGAAAAACAAAAAUUAAUGUUGAUUCGUUGAGAUCGAGCUCGUUCUCUUGCAUAAUAUUAGAGCGAUGACGUACAAAUCUUGUACCUCAUUUGAUUUUUAUUUUCUUUGUUUUCUUCUUUUCAAGAACCUAAAAUUUUCAACGAUUUUUAUCAAACUUUGUGAUAGAUUUUUGGUCAAAUCACCAGGAAUCAGUAAUAAAACUUGUUGAGAGCGUGGAUCAUCAGUAGUGGUGAUCGCUCCAAGUCUCCACGUCAGUUAACCAUGGCAACAAUGUCAUUUUAAAGAACCCCCUUUACUCCAAAAUAACUUCACAAGAUCCUCUAAUGACAUUCCCAUAUUUUUCCAGAUAGCACCAAUUCUCCAUUAUUCAUUAGAAAUAGAGAUAAUCCUUGAUUUGUGAUAAUCUGUGAGUUACUAGACGGCAAAAAUUGCGAUAACUGAUGUAUUAUGUUGACUGUAGUCUUAGAAAAAAAUACAAUCACAUAUAUAGAUGGUUUUGUAGUUAGGCCAACUCAGCCACGUCCUAACUUUUGAACCUGGUUUAGAUUCAAUUUAAUGUUUAUGUUGGAUACUCAUCAUAUUCCUUAGAAGAAAUACAAAAUCCUUUUACGAUUUAAUGAUGCUAUGAAAAAAUAUGGAAAGAUUUGAUGUCCAAAUUUCAUAUUUCACAUAUCAACUAUCUCAACAAAUCUUGUCGCUCAAUCAAGGAGUGCUUGGUUAGCUUAAACAAUUUUUAUGCAAUCAUUAGAAACACAAUAAUCAUGAACAAACAUGAAGCGGAACUAUUUGAGAUUUACAACUUGCUUGAUCAAAAAACCGUAGCCAUACAAAUAUUAAUCAUAUUCAGAAUGCAAUUUCAUUUAAUUUAUGUCUCAUCUCUUCUAUAAUCUAAAUCAAUGCAAUUCAGUUAUGCUCAUAAGCAGUUGAACAAGCCAAUUUGUGCGAAUUGUGGUUAUACAAGACACUCAGUUGAAACAUGCUACAAAUUCAUGGCUACCCUAUCCGAUUCAAGCACAAGCAUAAACUCUGAUCAAAUAAGAGGUUUCACAAGUUUAUAUAUCAUAUACGUAAAUAUUUUGAGAAUGUUUCAUGUAAUCAAUCAAUUAUCAAAGACCAUAGUUUAGCGGUUAUUGCAUAAUUCAAUGCUCAAUUUCAAAUUUCGGGCACUCGAACAUACUUCAAUGCUCAAUUUAAAACUUCUUGCGGUCGAACAUCAUUUAAGGUUUUUAUUUCUAAGAUAAUAAUUUCUACAUUACCUAGUAUGUCUUUCUCCUCGUCCUUUUCUACACUUUGUGUUUGUAAGAGUGUUAAGAGCCACUAGAAAUAUGUUAAUGUUCAGAACAUGAAUUAUAAAUAGUUGAGCUACACACCACAUUUGUCAUAAUAAAUUAACGACAAUUUGAAAAUAGGGAAAUUGGUCUAAGUAACAAUAAAAUAAAUCAUAAUUAGGUAUCUAGCUAAAAAAUAAACAAUCUCCACUAUUAUUACAAUAUAUACUAUACUAUCCCUAUUUACCGGUUAAAAACUGUAUAUACUUCUUCUUCUUCGAUUACCUACCACCAUCACUACUUCUUUCAAUCCACCUUCACUUUUUGUUAAAAAAAAAAAAAAUCAUUUGGGCCUCACCGUAUCUAUUGUCAUCAUUUCUUUUAAUUAUUAACCAAAUCUGUAAUCUUUGCUUUCAUAUUUUUUCCAUCACAUCUUUCAAAACAACCACUAUCUAUCUCCUUGAUAUCAGUCACCACCUCUUCCACCGUAACAACUACCACUCGUUUGUACUGUAAAUUUCUGGAUGUAUUAUGCUAUUUGAACAAUAUAUACUAUGUUAUUUCGUUUGUUACUAUUCCAUUUUAACAAUGCUUCGUAUUAUGUACUAUGUGCAUAUUUUGAUAUUUGGAUUAGGGUUUAGUGAUUAGUAUUUUGGGUUUAGAUUAUAGAAGGUUUGGGUUGACGUUGGGGUAAGCAUUACCUCAUUCCAUGCAAUCAUAUACAUUUUAACAUUUGAAAAAUAUGUACUAUGUUAUUUCGUUUGUUACUAUUCUAUUUUAUAAUACUUCAUAUUAUGUAUUAUGUGCAUAUUUUGAUAUUUCGGUUAGAGUUUAUAUUUCCUUUUAGGGUUUAGUGAUUAGUGUUUUGGAUAUAGUCUUAUUAUUUUCAAUGUUCUUAUAUAAUGAAAGAGUUAUGUUUACAUGCUUAUAGUUUUAUUUUAUUGUUGUUUACUAUCUAUAAGAUACAUAUGAACAUUAAAAAUAGUUGUAGAUGUUGAGCAUGUAUACACAUUAUACUUUUCUAUAUAAUCUGAUAUUUGAUAAUUUCAGUAUAUAUACUAUUUUGUUUAGUUUAUUUUAUACCAUUCAGUUUGUUAUAUCAUAUUCAUUUUUGUUGUCGAUGUGGUAAUCAAUAUCACCAUACAUUUUUAUAUUGAUUCUUUUUCUUUUGUGUAACUAGGAACCAGCUUAAAAAGGGACAAAAUCGGGAAACAAUGGUAAAAAUGUUAUGAGAUCUAAUUAUGUCAAAAUCAAUGUUUUAUUUUUAAUUUUAUCUCCAAAUUUGGUUAUUACACAAACUAACCAUUGAAAAUAUUUAUAAUACUUUUGCAGUGCGGUGCUUAGGCUCAGAGAGACCUAAGGAAAAUCUGGUUUUUUUUUUAAUUUACAUAUUUUUUAUAUAGUACAAUAAAAUAAAAACAAAUCUAAGAGAAAUUAAAAUAUAAUUUAAUUUUUCAAAAAAAUACUUUUUCAAACUUUUUCUCCACUAUUUUUCUUACUAAGAUAAUCAGUUUUUAUUUUUGUGUUUUAUUUUUGUGUUUUCCACUUGUGUGCGCAAUCAAAUCAUUCUAAAAUAAAUAAUAUAUAGAAUCAAUAUAAUCACAACCAAAAAAGUAUAAGGGACCAAGCUAACAAAAAAUUAAUAGCACAAUUUUACCUAAUCUUUUAAGAGAAUACUAUUUAUAUAAUAUAAGGUGGUGUUAUUCAAUCAUGUAUUUUAAUAGAGUUUAAAUCUAAACACAAUCCACUGUUAUUCAAAUGGUGAUUCUAAAUUCUAUUUUAAAAUCUAGUGUUAUUCAAUGAAUGAUUUAAAUUCAGCUUUUAAAAUCUAGUGUUUUUUGUAUUUUAAAUUGAUUUCAAAUCAUCUCUUAUGGAUUCUUAUGAAUAAAUGAAUGAAUUCAAAAUCUGAGGUCUACUGCAGAGAUUUUAGAAUCUAUCAACUUAAAACUUUAAAAUUUGAUAGAUUAUAAGACAUUAAUAACUGAUUUGAAAUCAGUGAUUGAAUAACACCCCCUAAAAGUAAUGGACAUUUUUUUCCAUUUUAAUUUAGAGUUUAGAUUUAUCGUUAGGAAACAUAUUUUUGAUUUUGGAUCCUUAAAACUUUUUGUACCUUAUAAAGGCUAUAGUUUUAGCUCUGCCAAUUUAUGUCUUCUCUACUUUUUUUUUCUCAUUGGAAACUUAAGAAAAAUUAGCAAGUGCCAUUGAACAUUCUAUUGGAGCUCGAACCAAUCCAAACAAAAAAUGCGCUGGACAUAGUGGGAGAAAUUGUUCUGUCCAAAAGAAGAAGGGGGUAUCACACUACAAGAAAAAAAGGUUUUGAUAGCAGUAGAAGAUAGUGUUUUUUGCCUUUCUUCUAUAGUUGACAUAUCUCUUAACUUUAGAUAGCGUUUGUAUAUUUAGAAAUGUUAUGAUAGAGUGAUCUAUUUGAAAAUGCUAUGAUAGCGUAUUUUUAAUAGUACAUAAUUAAAAAUGCUAUAUUUGCCUUUUUAAAUCUCUAAACCCUAAACAAAUUUUUAAACCAUAAACUCUAAAUACAAACUUCAAACUCUAAUAUUCUAACAUCAAAUCUUAAAUUUAACCUAAAAUAUUAGAUAUAAACUCAAAAGUUAUUUCUUUUAAAAACAUUAAUUGCAAAUCUCAAUACCCUAAACCUUUAACCAUAUACUCAACCUCUAUUCUAAACUCAUAACCUUAAAACUAAGCUCUAGAUAAAAACUUUUCAAAAUUAAAUCUAAUUCUUAAAACAAAUUCAAAUUUAUUUUCAAACUUUAACUUAAAAUCUUAAAUCAAUUCUGCAAUCCUUUAACCCUCAAACCCUAUAUAUAUAUAUAUCAUACUCCAAACUAGUCAUAUACCCUAAACUCUAACUAAAAUAUUAAAACUCUAAUAUUUUCUAUUAUUUAGCUUUAAAUUUUAAAUUGCUUAUAAAAGUGAAAUCUAAUCAUUUUAUUAAUCAUAGUUUUUUGUCGAGUUUAUUAAUCUUAUUUUUAUUUGACUUAAAUUGCUUAUUAAAAGUGAAAUCUAAUCAAUUUGUAAUCUCAUAUCAUUAGUUUUAUAAACUCUAUAUAUGAAUUUUAAAUUUAUAUUUUUUUAAAUUUAAGCACAAAUCUUAAACCCACUAUUAUAACAUUCACUAAAUUAUUAACCACAAAAUAAAAGUAACUAUUAAAUAUAUUAAAUCUUAGAAAACAGAGUACAACAAAGAACAAAAAUAAAGAGGAAAAAACGUUGACCAAUAGGAAGAUCCAAUUCAGAAUAGUGAGGAUAACUAAACUACUAAUCUCCAACGUUGAUAGAUCUCAAUCUAACGGAUAUUAUUAUUAUUUUCUCUCAUUAUCUCUUUGUUCUUUUUGUUUCUCACGAGUCACGAUCUUUGCAAUUUUUCUCAUAGAUCUCAAACUAAAUUAUCAAUCUUCUCACAAUCCUCUGCAAUCUCAUCUGUUCAUCUCUCAUAACCUCUGGUCCUCUGCAAUCUUCUUCUUUUUGGUGAAGCUCGUCACCUUCUCCUUUUGAAACCGUCACUUGUCACCACCACCACCACUGCUCGUCACCACCAUCGCCGUCCGACACCACCACCACCGCUCGUCAUCACCAUUGUUGUCUGAUACCAUACCUAUAUCUCUCUAUGAUUUUGUUUUGAUUUCGAUCCUAAUCUCAAUCUCUCUGCAUAUCACCUCUCUUCUCUCUCAAACUCACCACUUCUCAAUCAGUCGAUGAAGAUAGCGUAUCUGUUUGGUAGAUGGAUCAUGGACUUUACAAAAUACAAUUUUCAACAUGUCAGCAUUUUGGGACUAACCGCAAGAAUGUAAUUUCAUUGAUUCAGAACCCAGCAUAAUGGCAUAGUUUUUCAAUAUAAUUGGCGGAUAUAUCAACACUACAAGGAAGAUUGCAGGAUUUUAAGAUCACACAUAUACCAAAAGCGCGGAACCGGACAUAAGACACUUUGACUAAGACUGUACAUGUUUUUCAUACAAAUUUAGUGUUUGUUAUGUAUUCUAUUUUGAUCUAGAUUUCUACACCAUCUUAAAUUUGAAUAAUAAAACAUUGUUAAAAAAAAGACUGAUUGGGGGAGAUGAUACGAUCAUUGGAUCCUAACAUAACUUUUGCACCGGUUACUUCUCUUUUUAUUUGUACUAGAGGGUUUUCCGGCUACGCCCAGAUUUUUCCUAUAAUAUUAUUAAAUUGAAUUAAACUUGUGUAUUUUUAUUUUGAGAUAGUAAUUUCUGGUAAAAUUGUAUUGUAACUCUUUUUAUAUGUAAAGAGUAGUGCAUCUAAUUUUAAGAGAAUGAUUAUUGUUGAUGUUAUUGGAUUCAAAUGUUGUUAUAUUAUUUUGGUAAAUGAUGCUAUGCGCGGUUAGUACAUCUGAAUUUUUAGUUUUUAUCCUAUUACUAUAUAAAUUAUUUUGUUUGAACUUGAAUUUAUUUUGCAUAUUUUGUUUUUGUAUUUAAGCAGUUUUACUAAAUAGUUCAUUUACUAUUUUCUUUGUUUCUUCCAAUAAAUUUAAAAGAUAAUUUGCUAUUUCUUAUGUUAUACCACAUAUCUUAGAGUAAAUAUUCAUUUACUACAGACGGGAUGAAUAUUUAAAAAUAGUUUAAAUUGUUAGAGUAAAUAUUUAAUAUAAUUUUUUAUUAAUUAAAAAUAAAUAUAUUAGUUAAAUUUUAUACAUGUUUUUUUAAAACUAAAUAAACCAUGCUAUGUUGAUAAUUAGUUAUGUUUUUUUUCUUAGUGUGGCAUUACAUCAUUUCUUUCUGAGUAUUCAUGCUGUUGUACUGGAAGUUAUUAUCAUAUAAUAACUUAUGUGGUUCAUUUUAUAUUUAUUAUAAUUUAUAAUUUAUAUAUAUAUAUAUAUAUAUAAGUGAGAUAGUAUUUUGUAAGUUAUGAUUGAGAUGUAACAGUAAAUUGUAGGCUAAAAAUCUAUUAUUAUGUUUAAUAUUUAUUUUGUUUCAAAUUAUAAGUAUUUUGGGUUAAAAAAUACAAAUAUUAAGAAACAUAUCUUUAUAUAUUUAGCAUUUAAUUAAAUAGUAAAAUUGACCAAUGAUAAAUUAUAGAGAAAUUAUCUCCAAUAGACAUUUUUAAGUUAAAAGUGAUAAACUGGUGAUAAAUUAUAGGUAAAUAAAUAUAAACAAUCAUUUUUAUAUAUUUUGUAUAGAUAUAAAUAAAUUUAAAUGAUAGUAACAUAAAUUACUUUUUUAGGAAAUUUUGUUUGGGAAAAAAUGAUAUUAACAUAAAUAUAUAAUGUAUUUUAAUAUAGAUAUUUAUUAAAUGAAAAUUAUUAAUCGUAUGGUUUUAUGAUUUUAUGCAUCUUUUAUAACAAAAAUUGUAAGCUUAUGAUAACAAAAGAAAUUAAUGUGAGACUUUUAAUAAUUUUAGUAAUUUAUAACAGCUCUUGAAUAUUCACUGCAAAUCAUCAAUGAAAAUUUUGAAAUAAAAAUAUUUUUAUAUUUUAUAUGGUAUAUACUUUAAUAUAUAUAUAUAUUUGUUUUUUUGAAUAUCUAUUAAAUGAAAAUUUUCACUCAUAUGUUUUACGAUUAUUUAUAUUUUCUACAAUACAAUUUUUAAACCCUUGAUCACAACCUUUAAUGUGGGAAUUUGAAUAGUAUUAAUAAUUUAUAGUCAUUUUCUAAAAUUCAAAUAAUAAAAUAUACGAAAAAAUGUCACUUUUUGUUAUAUGGUCAAUAUGAUAUGUUUAUUUUAUGUUAAUAAUUAAAUAUAGACGAUGGAAGAUACGAAAAAACUGUUAUUAAGGUUUUGAAACAAUUUACAAAAAUUAUAUUUAUAUCAUGUUUUGUAAACAUCACUAAAGAUCUUCAGACUAAAAUUAAUAAACGUGUAUAAACUCCAGAACAUUUCAGUUUUCUUUUGUGAUUUCCAGUACACAUUUUCUCUUAAUUAUUUAUUCACCUCUUCUUUAUUAUCUUAGAACUUUAUCAUCUCCAUAGCCCUUGCAGACAACCUCUUCCGUACGUAGCAACACUAAAAAUGAUUUAAUACUUUUUUGUCACAAAUAUAUAGGUUCUGAUGAGUCCUCUGACGCAAGUAUGUGGAUAACAGAAGUACAACACCCUAGAAAGUAGAUGUACAUGUUGUAAUUCUUAUUAAAUGUGUAUCUGCAUGUGUGUUGUGUGAAAGCACCCAUUGAAGUGAAACCUCACAUGAUAUUGGAUUCUCUGAUUAGUAUAAAAUAGUUCGAUGUUUCUAGUUAAUAAACAUGAGCAAUCAGAAAGAAUCAGAUCAAGAAACUGGCGAGCUUGAAGAUGGAUUUCUUCAUAUCCUCAUCCCCUCUAGAAGGCUCACAUGAUAUUGGAUUCUCUGAUUAGUAUAAAAUAGUUCGAUGUUUCUAGUUAAUAAACAUGAGCAAUCAGAAAGAAUCAGAUCAAGAAACUGGCGAGCUUGAAGAUGGAUAUCUUCAUAUCCUCAUCCCCUCUAGAAGAAGCAUUUCUCAAUUUAUAUCAGAUGAUUCCCAUAUUUGGACAUUACAACAAACAAUCUCAAAAUAUUAUUAACAAAAAAGUUUUUUUUGGGUUGUUGGUUCCAAACCCCAAACGUUCAAACUUUAGGGAAGGUGGUUGACUUAUCCGUCAAACACACUGAGACAGAGGGUCGGAUCAAUGAGAAGUUGAGAAGAUGCACUAUGCAAAGAAGCUGCAUGCUAGAAGAGCCGCAAAAGAGUUGGACCAGCACUUCCCUUUCUUUAUUUUAGAAAUGGCUUUUGGAACCUCCCACGAACCCAAACUCUGUACAUGUUCUUAUUCUUUCUCCGGUUUACUGCUUUGACACAACAAUUUUCAAGCUCGAACUGCACUCAAGAUAGAAAUAUUAAUAAGACAUGUGAUCCAUUCAAAUGUUUUUGUCCCUAUGAAGCCACUUAUAGAGAGGACUGUGAUAGAAACACCAUGUAACUGUAGAAUUCCAAAUACUGCAAAGACUUUUUUUUUUUUUUUUUUUUUUGAACACUGAAUAAUAUAGAUGAAACCCAAACCAAGCAAACUAGUUGGUGGGAGCAGAGUGCAGAGAUGAUUUUGCAAGGGCGUCAGCAGCCGAGUUCAAGUUUCUGGAAAUGAAAACAAAGGAGAUACAAUCAAAGGAGAGAGAUAGAAACUCGAUAUCCCGAGUGAUUCCGUGGAGAUCCGCCGGGUGUUUUUUCGAGGAGAUAAUCGCAACAAGUGCUUGACAAUCUGAUUUAAUACAGAUUCUGGUAUAGCCCGCUUCGAGGGCAUUGAGGAGAGCUGUUCUGACGGCGAGAGCCUCAGCCAUCAGUGGCGAUGAAGUGUAGUUGAAGGUGCUCGUUCCCUGCUUCAACCACGCAUCCCGGUGGUCCGUGAAGAUCCAUCCACAGCCUGCCUUCUUUGAUCCAGCCUGCCAAGCUGCAUCAGUAAAACAGACUACAAAUGGGGAUGUCAGAGUUGGUGGAAGCGUUCGGUUGAGCUGUGGCGAGGGAGAUGAAUAUGGAGAUGUCUAGAGGGAUUCGUCAGGGAGAUCCGCUGUCCCCAUAUUUAUUCAUCUUAUGCGGAGAAGUGCUCUCCGGGCUGUGCUUAAGAGCUCAGCGCAGCGGACAUCUUUCAGGACUGCGAGUGGCGAUACCUGCACCGCAAAUAAAUCAUCUUCUUUUUGCGGACGAUACUAUGUUUUUCCUUGGCACAGACGACCUUAGUUGUAUCUCGCUGAUGGAAAUUAUUCACAAAUACAGAAGGUCAUCGGGACAGAUGAUUAAUGCUUCUAAAUCUUCCAUCUUCUUCUCAGCCAUGACCCCGCAGGUAAUACGGGAACGUGUUAAAUCACACCUCGGGAUUGAGAAAGAGGGCGGAGUAGGAAAGUAUCUAGGACUCCCGGAACAUUUCGGUCGACGGAAGAGAGACCUUUUCACUGGUAUAGUGGAUCGUAUAAGACAACAGGCUGCGUGCUGGUGCUCCCGACAACUCUCUCCAGCCGGUAAACUUGUUAUGCUAAAGUCGGUCCUCACCGCCACUCCGGCAUACACGAUGACUUGUUUCCAACUGCCAGUGAGUCUAUGUAAGCGCAUUCAAUCCGCACUCACAAGAUUCUGGUGGGAUGAGUCCCCGGAAAAAAAGGAAAAUGUUUUGGGUAGCUUGGGAAACACUCACUGCACCUAAAGCAUUAGGAGGUCUUGGUAUCAGGGAUAUCCAAGCUUUUAACACGGCCUUACUCGCAAAACAGGCUUGGCGGAUCAUCUCGAAACCUGAUUGUUUACUUUCCAGAGUUCUUAGAGGCAAAUACUGCAGCAAGGUGUCUUUUCUUGAGGUAGAACCUCUGAAGUCUGCAUCCCAUGGGUGGCGGGGAAUUCUUGCAGGCAGAGACCUCCUGGCAACUAACCUGGGUAAAGCCAUUGGUGAUGGGGAAAGCACUAGAAUCUGGAAGGAUCCUUGGCUGAGUCCCCUUCUUCCGACCAGACCCAUAGGACCUGCAAAAGAAGAACAUCAGGACCUAGUUGUGGCGGACUUUUUAUGUCGAGGAAAUACAGACUGAAACAUUCAGAGAAUCAAGGAAGUGCUACCUAAUUAUCUGACUGACAUACUGAAUGUAAAACCGAGCAUCAUGGGAGUUCCGGACUCGUUUGUCUGGCUAGCAUCGAGGUCAGGAGUUUACACUGCGAAAUCUGGAUAUUAUGUUGCUGCAUCAAUGGAGUUAGCUGCUAACAGAGUUGAGGCGAGACCCCUACCAGAUCAGAACCUUUACAAAUCCAUUUGGGCUAGUAAAAUACCACCAAAGCUACAUCUAUUUCUCUGGAAGAUAAUGCAAGGAGCACUAGCGCUUGGAGAAAAUUUGGCUAGGCGAGGCAUCCUCAACAACAUCUCAUGUCGCCACUGCGGAGAACCAGAGACCACAGACCAUUUGUUUCUUCACUGUGUCUUCACACGACAGAUAUGGAGCUCACACAUCUGGUCUUCUCCCUUUGACCCAAGGCUUCAUGCCACCUUCGCGGAAGCUUUCAUCGGUUCAACAGCGGCCACUAAUCUGCCACCAUUAGGAGUAGCGACUAACCUUUUUCCUUGGAUUACUUGGGGAAUCUGGACAGCAAGAAACUACUAUGUCUUUGAGAAUAGAGUCUUCACACCUAAGGAAAUCAUAGCGAAUACUGCAAAGACUGUACCUGGAAACGAACAUGAUAAAAAAAAGUGAAGCAGAGUCAUUAAAUAAAUAUUCUAAAGCUGUAACUUCAGGGAUUCAGCCAGAGCUUAGUAGUUGUGUGUCUAGGUCCGCAGAAAGGCCAUCAACAACACUGAGGCAGACAGGCUUGUCCCUGAAAUGGUUGGAAAGAGGUAUCUUAUCGUACACUAAACUUCGCACAAACAUAUAAGUUACACGUUAAAAGUUUAUGGAAGCAAAAUAUCAAAUACCUAUCAUCAAACUUUAUGGUUUCCUUGCGGUGUUGGGUGCUCUGGGUGUCUUCGUUGUACAUGGUUUUGUUGCUCCUAAUUUCUCCAACUAUAUCUGUUAACCAAGAUAAACAUAAACGCUACUUAUUAAAUAGUGUGAUUGUAGUGAAGCUUUAGCUAUUCAAACCUGAAAAAUGAGUGAUGGUAUUGGCAAGUGACAUGAGCUACUCGUAUUGCGGAACCUGAAGCUCUCCCUCGGGAUUCAGGAUCAGCUUAGUUGUGUCUGUAACCUCCACGAAAGCUGUCUGGUCCGUGACCUCCACGAAAGCUGUCUGGUCCGUGAAUUUAAUAGAAACGUCUGCGUCAGCAAACUUGAAGGUUGGAUUGCUUCUCGGAAUCAAACCAUUUAACUCAUAAACUGGGCCUUCUUGCAAGAUAUGUAGGAAGGAGUUAAAACGAUAAAAGGUGAUUGAUCCUUAGAAGCCUGCGAGAGGCCUCGAGUAGAUGAAACAAAUUACAACAAAUAUUAAAUCGAUUAAUCGGUUCUAACAUCAUAAAGUAAAUAUCGAGUUACUUUGCAUCAUCUUACAUCAUAAACCUUAAAAAAAAUCAAUAAACGAACACAAAAUCAUAUAAACUAAAACUUUCUAAAUCAAUAAAACGAAACCAGAAUCAUCUGAACUCAAGCUUU